AUGUAUCUUAGACAUCCUGACCCCCUAGAAACGUGCACAACCCUACUGGAAGUCGGGAAAGUGAUAGACGUUGCAGCCAUUAAUGCAUCCUUUCUGAUAUUACUUGCUUUCACAAUUAUCCAGUACACUGGAGUGGUCUCGCCGCUAAAAUACGGCCGGUGCAUUACAAAAUGGCGCCUGUUUAUGUGUUUAUUUGCUAUAGACGCGUAUUCCACAUCGUUCAGUAUCUUUCCUGUCAUGGACAUCGCCGAAGAGAUCGUGCAAAAGAUCGAGAACAUUUUUCACUCCAUCAGACCUCCCUCGGCCCUUCCCGAUGUUGAUAAGAUAAAUGUGUGCUCUCAAGACACACGUCAAUACAGCUCAACUCAACCACACGAACCGAGGAGAGGAAGAUUUCGCUCUCGCAUCAUGUCCUUAGCCAUGCCAACUCUUCUUUUGAUGUUCGUACUGGAUUUUGCCGCAAUCUUUUUCAACGGACUACUGCUACUGAGCUGCUUCAGACAUGAAAAAAAAUACAGAUUUUUCAAAAAGUGCUGGAUACUUUUAGGUCUUCAGGUCGCUUGCCAAGUUGUAAUUCUGGUCGCGGAUGCCGUGGAAUGGUGGAAUGGUUUCCGUAUUCAAGCUACGGAAUCCUGUAAUGUCUUGAGAGUUCUUUCCUUGUCCAUGAUGUUUUUUCAAAUUACUAACCUUACGGCAAUCAUGAAAGUGUGUUAUCAACAUCCCUCAGUACAUGCAGAACAUAAAUUGUACGCGGUGCUUUUUUUGGGAUUCAUCGCUUCCGCAAUGAUCUUUUGGCCUUGGUGCUUCUCGAAAACGGCCAUUUUUCAAGUCGUCCAUAAAGCUGCGUUGCUUUUGACCAUGUCUAUUGACGUCUAUUUGGUUUCCGUAGCCUUGGCUAAAGACAAUGCUGAAUACAAUGAGGAGUUCAUGUCAUCAAAAUCAGACGCGGCGAUGGAUUCACGUUUCUUGUCACGGUCUUGGAGAGCUUGGACAGACAACAAGAAGUCCUUAUUCGUUAUCGUUUUUCUUGCAGCAUGUUCGGUGCUGAUUUUCAGCGACGUGGCCCUUGCUCGUUUCGAAUCAGCUCUAUGGGGUCGCGAUUUGAAAAGAGACACGUCUAUUGAUGGAACUGUUUAUUUACUGAUCCUGAAAUUUUGUUUGGGAACAUGUUUGCCAUUAACACUGUAUGAUUUAAUAAAUUUAAGCUAUCCCAGAAAGAAAGGCAAAGGCACCAUAACAGUAACAAUUUGA